GUACGUGCGCAUGCACGAGUGCUACUUCCUGAUCACGGUGUCAUAUGACUCCGUCUGUUCAUCCGCUCUCUGCGUCGAUCUGUUUACACAAAGACAGUUUCAAUUAAUUAAGAAAAAUAAUAACAAUGUCUACAUUACUAGCUAAUCGACCCGUGGAUCUGAAUGGCCCUGAAGCAGCGGCACGGCAGCACGCGCAAGCCGUGGUCAGAAACUACAUCUCCCAGCCCAGACUGACCUACUCUACUGUGUCCGGUGUAAAUGGGCCUCUGGUUAUCUUGGACCAUGUCAAAUUUCCACGUUAUGCAGAGAUUGUGCACCUCACCUUGCCUGAUGGGACCAAGAGGAGUGGGCAGGUUCUGGAGGUCAUUGGCACCAAAGCUGUCGUCCAGGUGUUUGAAGGAACCUCAGGUAUUGAUGCGAAGAAGACCGCGUGUGAAUUCACUGGUGACAUCUUGCGCACACCUGUGUCUGAGGAUAUGCUUGGACGUGUUUUCAACGGCUCGGGUAAACCCAUUGACCGGGGUCCUACUGUUCUGGCUGAGGACUAUUUGGACAUCAUGGGUCAGCCCAUCAACCCUCAGUGUCGUAUCUACCCUGAGGAGAUGAUUCAGACUGGCAUCUCUGCAAUUGAUGGCAUGAACAGUAUCGCCCGUGGGCAGAAGAUCCCCAUCUUUAGCGCUGCUGGACUACCACAUAAUGAGAUUGCUGCCCAGAUCUGUCGUCAGGCUGGUUUGGUGCAAAAAUCCAAAGAUGUGAUGGACUACAGUGCAGAAAACUUUGCCAUCGUCUUUGCUGCUAUGGGGGUCAACAUGGAGACUGCACGUUUCUUUAAGUCAGACUUUGAGGAGAACGGUUCUAUGGACAAUGUGUGCUUGUUCCUGAACCUGGCCAACGAUCCUACCAUUGAACGCAUCAUCACCCCACGUCUGGCUUUGACCACAGCGGAGUAUCUGGCUUAUCAGUGCGAGAAGCACGUGUUGGUGAUCCUCACGGAUAUGAGCUCCUAUGCAGAGGCUCUGAGAGAGGUGUCUGCUGCUCGCGAAGAGGUGCCGGGUCGUCGUGGUUUCCCAGGUUACAUGUACACUGAUCUUGCUACAAUCUACGAGCGUGCUGGAAGAGUGGAGGGCAGGAAUGGAUCAAUCACCCAGAUCCCUAUUCUUACUAUGCCUAAUGAUGAUAUCACCCAUCCGAUCCCUGAUUUGACUGGAUACAUCACAGAGGGACAGGUGUAUGUAGACAGACAACUGCAUAACAGACAGAUCUAUCCUCCCAUCAACGUACUGCCAUCUCUGUCUCGAUUGAUGAAAUCUGCUAUCGGAGAGGGGAUGACCCGCAAAGAUCAUGCUGAUGUCUCUAACCAGCUGUAUGCAUGUUAUGCCAUUGGUAAAGAUGUUCAGGCCAUGAAGGCUGUGGUGGGUGAGGAAGCUUUGACCUCAGAUGACCUGCUGUACCUGGAGUUCUUGCAGAAGUUUGAAAGGAAUUUCAUUGCUCAAGGUCCCUAUGACAACAGAACUGUGUUCGAGACACUGGACAUUGGUUGGCAGUUGCUCCGAAUCUUCCCCAAAGAAAUGCUGAAGAGAAUUCCUCAGAGCACACUGGCCGAGUUCUACCCGAGAGAGUCCGCUGCCCGCCACGGAGCCUCCUAAGACCACUACACCUUCUGGAGGCCUGGGCUAAAGGUCACCAUGACCUGUCUCACAAAAAAAAAAAUCUCAUCCCUUGUGUUCACCCUUACUCUGACAAGUGAUGUUUAGGAUUACAGGGCAUAACUCUGGGAUAAUACACAUUUAACAUGCAUAAAAUUGUUUCAAAAACAUGUAUGUUAUCGUCUCAUGUGUUAUGACCCCCAGAGAUUAUUCCAAUGUCCCCCAUUGAUGUGUUAUACAUGUUUGUGUGUGCUGUAUCAUGUGGAUAGGAUGUGUAAUUGUGCUUUGCUUUUGUUUCACUGUUUUGUUUUGGAGAUGCAUACUGUCAUGUAGUUCAUUUCUUCUUUUUUUAUUAUUUGAAGUAUUUCACUGUCUGCAGCCUAAAGAGAACAUUAAAAACAUUUGCGCUCAAAGGGAAAUAUUCAGGGCUCACUCGCACAUUUGUGUGCUUGCUCACAUCCUCCAUUCAUCACUGUAACAAGCACACAAAUAAUGUUUCCAAACAUUCCAAUGUAAGUAAUGAGAACAUUUAAUUUACAAAUUCAUUUACGGCCCUUCCCUUGAAAAUAUUUGCUUUUAUUUAUGUUAAUAUUCAAAAAAAAAAAAAAAAUCAAAUGAAUACUUGCACACCAAACUUAAUUUCUGUUCUGCUGAUAGACAGGUAAUUGUAGGUGUUAAAUGAUCGUAUAGCGUGUGUGCUUGUCACUGACAGCUGUUAUUUCCCUUUUAGAAGAGAAUGGAGGAUGUUUACAGCAUCUGUUCUUUGAAAUAUGUUCUGCAAUGUAAGACUGAUUAAACAUUCCCCUCUUGCUCUGUAUGUGUAAACGUGUUUUACCUGUUUUGUUUGCUGUUUAAACCUGUCAAACCUCUCAGAAAAAUUAAAUUAUAUUAUUAUAUCAUGA